GUCCAGUUAAUCAGUUACUGCCCCCUGACUGGGAAAGGGGCACCCGGCCCACUUGCAGUUCCGAAGCCCCUUCCCCUGGAAGGCUGGAGGCGGGGGGCAACUCGUAAUGCUGCGGACCUGCCGAGCGCUCUGUUCCCAGGCUGGGCCUCCCACGGGGAACUGGCAGCCCCUGCAUUUUGAUGGCUCUGCCUUCCACCUCAAGAGCACAGCAGAACUGGCACGAGCUUUGCUGGUGCUACGGCUGUGUGCCUGGCCCCCUCUGGUCACCCAUGGGCUGGCGCUCCAGGCCUGGUCUCGGCGACUCCUGGGCUCUCGGCUCUCUGGGGCAAUCCUCCGAGCAUCCAUGUAUGGGCAGUUUGUGGCCGGGGAGACCACAGAGGAGGUGAAGACCUGUGUCCGGCAGCUCCAAGGCUUUGGCCUGCGACCCCUCGUGGCAGUGCCCAUUGAGGAGGAACCUGACUCGGCCCCCAAGACUGGAGAGUCCUGGUAUGAGGACAACCUCAACACCAUGAUGCGGUGCGUGGACCUGUCACGAGGCCUCGUGGAGACCUCUGGACCAGCUGGGAACAGCCUCAUGCAGCUGAGGGUGACAGCACUGACCAGCACACGACUCUGUAAAGAGCUGACCUCAUGGACCAGAAGGUCAGGGUCCUCCUCAGAGCUGAGACCUGAGAGGCUGGCAGAAGCCAUGGACUCAGGACACAGCCUCCAGGUCUCCUUCCUCGAUGCUAAGCAGAACCAGCACCUCCAGGCCUCCCUGAGCCGCUUGCACCGGGUGGCACAGCACGCCCGUGCCCAGCACGUGCGGCUCCUGGUGGAUGCAGAGUACACCUUCAUCAACCCCGCGCUCUCUCUGCUGGUGGCCGCCCUGGCCCUGCGCUGGAACACCCCGAGGGAAGGCGGGCCCUGGGUGUGGAACACUUACCAGGCCUACCUGCAGGACACGCAUGAGCGGCUGAGGCGAGACGCUGAGUUUGCACACAGAGCAGGUCUGGCCUUUGGGGUGAAGUUGGUACGAGGCGCAUAUCUGGAGAAGGAGAGAAUGAUGGCUCAGCUCCAAGGGACAAAGGAUCCCACUCAACACGACUACGAGGCCACCAGUCAGAGUUAUAGCCGCUGUCUGGAGUUGAUGCUGAACCAUGUGUCCCAUCACGGCCCCAUGUACCAGCUCAUGGUGGCUUCCCACAAUGAGGAGUCUGUGCACCAGGCAACCAAGCGUAUGUGGGAGCUGGGCAUUCCUCUGGAUGGUCCUGUCUGUUUUGGACAACUUCUGGGCAUGUGUGACCAUGUCUCCUUGGCACUGGGGCAAGCUGGCUAUGCAGUGUACAAGUCCAUUCCCUACGGCUCCCUGGAGGAGGUGAUCCCCUACCUGAUCCGGAGGGCUCAGGAGAACCGCAGCGUGUUACAGGGUGCACGAAGGGAACGGUCGCUGCUCAGCCAAGAACUGCGGUGCAGGCUGCUGGGGUGAAGCCCAAGGGUCCGCUCUUAGUACUUCCAGGGUCAUGUGGUCAAUAAAGUUACUGCCCAGCCUGCUCUUUUGAACUAACUGCAGCUGCUUCCUGGGAGAAGGACUCAUAUUGGCUUCAUCCAGCCUGAGUCGGGGGUUCUGUCGCUCAGGUGAGAUCUUUAGAUGGCCACGGCAUACAGCUCAAGGGCAUAGCUGGAGGACUAACGAAGCCUCUUCCGGACUCUGAGCCAGCUCAGUCUGGGAUGUGCCUGAUCCAUGACCGACACAGGAACUUUCUUCAUCUCAGUGGCUCCCCAAAAGAAGAGCACAGGUGAAAAGCAAGACACCGAGAGACUGGAGACAAAAGGCCGGUCCAAGGCUACAGGCCCAGUAAUCAGCAUCAGACAAAUCCCUUUCUGAGCUAGGUUCUGAGCUGAAUAAGGCUGGGGACUCAAGAGUGACAAAGACACCCUCACCCUACCCCACAGAGCACACAGUCUAGGGGCUCUGACAGUGUCACUCCUCAGACAGUGACAACCCAGAGUGGUCAGGGAUAUGACGGGGAAAUCCAGGGGUAUAGAAGGCGGGAAGUGGUACCUGACCCAGCCUGGGGUGAUAAAAGAGUAUCCUCAAGAAUUCAUAAGAAGCAGCAUGCAGAGUGAGAGGAACGUUCAAAGGCAAGGGCACGUGCAAAAAACGGAGCAGUGGGACCCAGACUGGGGAGUGGCAGGGAUGGAGGGAUGCGCAGGACCAGAGGAUGCAGUCUCAGAUGCCAAAUGGCAGGGUGAGGGUUGUGUCCCAAGGCCACUGGGGAGUCAAGAGGGUUUCAGGCAGAGGAAGAGAAGGUCAAGAGAAGAUCCCUAUGGCUGCCAUGCGGAGGACGGACUGGAGACAGGCUGGGAGCCCAGAUUAGGACAAGGCAGGGAGUCUGGAGGGUGUGGGGGUGUGUGGGGGUGCUGAGAGCAUGGGCCAUAGGACUGAUGGGUCCUAUGGGAAGGACAUGGCCAGCACAAGGUUCAGGGUUCUGGCUUACAAAGAGGGCCUGCAGGGUCAAAUCCGUGAAGAGGACCCGGGAGAAGUGUCUGAGGGAGAUUCUGAGGCCAUUGUGAGAACUGGUGGGUGUGACAGACCCCAGCGGCCAUCUACGGGGGAGGUGUCCUGCGGGGUUCUUUAGUGCGGGGCUUAAGGGAGAGGCAGGGACAGAGGCAGAAACCAGUCAAUGGCAGUGAGUGAGGAGUAAGAGAAGACAGGCAAGAAUCUGCACAGGGGUCAGAAAGAGCCCACUGCCUCCCAAAAAGUCCUAGAGCUAAGGCAACAAAGGAGAAGCGCCCAGAACACAGCUGAAAACUGGCACAGACAGCCCUGUUUCUUCUUCCGGUCAUCCCAGCACCCUAGGCACCUCUCUGGCGAGGGAAAUGACAGCGCAAACCAGGAGGCCGCUGGUGCUCAUGCGCCUAGGAUUCCCGCCCAGCCAUUGGUGCAUCAGGGUCACGUGGUAGUACCCCAGUAGCCCUAUCCUGCCCAACGGUAGGUACAACGCCACCUGAGUGGGACUCCAGGCCUAAAGCUUUUUAGAGCUUUCAGGAUCCUCAGCUCUUCACCACAUACCAUCCUCCAGUCCGAGGCUCCGCCCUCCCACCCUGCCUACCCCUUCUGAAGUCCCGACUCCCACUCCCCUGCUUAACCCCCACCGUCCCCAGGGGAUUGAACCCAGGGCCUUCGCACUAAGCUACAUCCCAGCCCUUUUAAUUCAUUUGUUUGU